AUGAUUAAAAGUAAUGUCUGAAUAAUGUUUUAUAUUUUUAUUUAUAAAUAAAUAAGUUUUAUAUAUGUUUUUAUAAAUAAUUUUUAUUGAACUUAUAACGAGAUGAAGUAGAAAUAGAAAUUAUUUGAAAUGAUUCUAAGAUAUAUACUUGAUGUAUAAGAUUUAUAUAAUAAAUGUAGAAAAAAUGAUUACAUAAUGCAUACAUUAUUGCAGAUGAUUUUAUUACGGUUUUUUGAAUUGCGACGACUACGAAUGUAUAUAACAGUUACAAAUUUAUAAAUUUUAUAUUAUUGAAAACAAAAAUUGUAAUUAUAUUGGAAUGGGUGAACGAGCUAAGAGUUGUUAUUUAAGAAGUAAUAGUGAAACUCUAUCAACUGUUUAUUUACCUGAUUCUUCUCCAAUCUUUAUAGGACGUUCUGAAGGAACUAAUAUUAUUGAUAUAAAGUGUUCAAGAAAACAAGUUAGAUUAUGUGCAGAUUAUGUGCAACAUAUAGUAACGGUUCAACAAGUUGGUACAAAAGCUUGUGGUAUAAAUGGCUUCAAAACUCAAAAAGAUAAUAGAUUCAUUGUCAAACAUAAUGAUAGAUUAGAAAUUUUAUAUGGGAAGCACAUAUAUCAAAUAGAAUUUAAUCCACCACCUAAAGAACAGAAUGAUCAAACAUUGGUACAAAAACGAUCUUAUGAUUCGGAAGAUGAAUCAUUAAGUAUAGAUACAACGAACUCGUGCAAAAUGCGCAAAAUAGAAGAUGAAAGUAAUGCUAUCGUACAAGAAAUGAUUAGCAAUGAAAACAAUUAUUCGAUAAAUGGAGAAGAUAAAGAAAUCAAUGCUAUUGCUUCAACAUCCAAGGAAAAUGAUGUAGAUAAUAGUACAAUGAAAACUACAGGAUUGUGGGACAGUAAUAAAGAAUUACUGAUAUAUACUCCACCAAAUGUGCAAAACCGUCCAAAGAUAGCUGCAUAUGACAUGGAUGGCACAUUGAUAAAAACAAAGUCUGGUCUUGUAUUUCCAAAAGAUGUUCAUGAUUGGCAAUUGAUAUACCCUACAGUACCUAAAAAAUUAAAACAAUUCUAUGAAGAUGGUUAUAAAAUUGUCAUUUUUACUAAUCAAGGAGCUCUUGGUACAGGAAAAGUGAAAAUAGAAGAUUUUAAAGUCAAAAUUGAGAAAGUAGUACAAAAAUUAGGUGUUCCUAUUCAAGUCUUUAUUUCUAUGGAAAAAAAUAUAUAUAGAAAACCAGCACCAGGAAUGUGGAAUAAACUCGUCAACGAUAAAAAUGGAGGUUUCAGCAUUGAUAAAUUAAAUUCUUUUUAUGUUGGAGAUGCGGCAGGUAGACAAAAAAAUUGGGCACCUGGUAGAAAGAAGGAUCAUUCUAAAGUAGAUCGUUUAAUGGCUAUGAAUAUAGGUUUACAAUUUCAAACCCCAGAAGAACACUUUCUUGGGCAUAAAGCUGCACCAUAUAUUUUACCUACAUUUAAUCCAAAAGCAUUGCAAAAAGAUGAUAACCCCACUGAUGCUAAAAUUACUUCGCAACAACAAGAAAUGAUACUCAUGGUUGGUAGUCCUGGCUCUGGAAAAUCUCAUUUUGCUAAACUUUAUUUAACCGACUACGAUUACAUUAACAGAGAUACUUUGGGAAGUUGGCAGAAAUGUAUAUCUACUAUGGAACAAUCUUUGAUUAAAGGGAAACGUGUUGUUAUAGACAAUACUAAUCCAAAUCCUGUCUCACGUGAAAGAUAUAUUACAGUAGCAAAAAAAUAUAAUAUUCCAAUUAGAUGCUUUCUCUUGACAACAAGUACUGAACAUGCCAAACAUAAUAAUAAGUUUCGUGAAUUAGUUGAUUCUAAUCAUGCUAAGAUUAGUGACAUCAUCAUAAACUCUUAUAUGAAAAAUUAUAUACCACCAACAUUAGAAGAAGGUUUCACAGAAAUUGUAAAAAUCAAUUUUAUUCCACGAUUUUUGUCUGAAAAAGAUAAAGAAUUAUAUGAAAUGUAUUUGCUCGAAAAUUAAUUGUAUUAAUUGUAAUGAAAAUAACUUAAAAAUAUCAUCACAAUUAUUAUAAUACUUAGCAUAAUUGACGAACAUAUUAGAUAAUAAUAUAUUUAAAAUUUUUCAUUUUUUUAUGUAUUAUUUUAUAUGCUACCUAUAUUGUAUUUAAAUGUAUUUAAAUGAAUGAUUUCAACGCAUGUACAGACUAGAUAUGCAGGAAACAAUCUCGUAUUAGUGUAUAAGUUUAUUGGGUUAUUUCCCUUUUGUGUGUAAUUAAAAAAUAAUAUUGCUGUAUAGCAAGCUAACUCACAUUUUUUAAUAAUUCAUAUUUAUGUUUUUUUGGUGAUGACUUGCGUCUGGCAUACAUAUAGGUAGGAUGCUAUUGAACUAUUGAUCAUGAUCUUGUUUUUAUAACAGUAAUAAUAAUGGACACUGCUGUGUAUGUCAGUACAUAUGCACCUACUUAUGUUACAUGAUUGAAAAUACAAAAGUAUUAUUACAAGAUUGAUAGUAUUUCGUAGAUAGUGCGUAUCUACUAAAUAAAUUUAAAAAUAAAAUAUUAAUUCAUUUGUAAUAUUUUCCAUGAUCAUCUAAGUACAUGUAAUAUUUUUCAUGUGUUUCAAUUAUCUAACAUAUUUAAACGAGCUUAUGUCAUAAAUCAUUAUAUUUAUUGGUAUACACGAUUUAAAGAGGAUUACAAACCAUGAUAGCAAUAAAUCAAUUGAAGAAACUACAAUUUUUCUUAAUUGGAAGCAUGAAACACAUAUUACCUUUUUGUUACAGGUUAAUUGUGUUAAUUUCAUUCUAACAUCUUUUUAUAAUUUUCAAUUAAUAUAAAUCGUGCCUCAAUCGAUAAAUAUGUGCUCUUAAAUUUAUAUGAUAGGAAGAUUAUGGAAUAAUACUUUUUUGUCAAUCUUGUUUUUUCUUGUUUCUUUUUUUUUCUUAAAAACAGACUUGUAAAUAAUUAAACGUAUAGUACCAUGAUAAAUAUUUGAUAUAUUAAUUUGCAAGAAUUCCUUAAGAAUAAUAACAUGUAGCGCCAUAAUCCUUAUUUAGGUCCUGUUAAAAAUGGGUCAUAACAAUGAGUAUCGAUGUCACAGUCUGUUUGAGAGCACAUCAUUAGAGUUUUAAGAAUUCAACUACAAAGUUCUCUAUUUGCUAUAUUUGGAAAUAGUAUUUCACUAUAAUCUUCAUUAUUCGGUUCUACAAAAUAAUUGAUAAUGAAUAAUAGAUCUCUCUCUUUUUUUUUUGAGUUAUACUUUCUUCAUAAAAAGAUGAUUAUACAUAAUUGAAAUUGCGAAAGAAAAAGAAUUCUAAUCUUAUUUGAUUUUAACAGUGAUUUGUUUCAACAAUGAUUGUAACGACAGUUUUUAAUAUGCUCCAUAUUAUGUCCUCCUUCUAGAUUUCUAAAUUCGGCACAUUGUUCUAGUUUUUAGUAGCAUCUUGAAAACUCUGUAGGCACAUUCUUAAUUUAACAUUGAAAGUGUACGUUCUUUGAUACAUAUAAUAAUAGCUUAUAAAUAAUCAUAUUUUGUCGAAUAGAUAUUUUUUACAUUACAAUACAACUGCGAAUAUUAUAAUCUUAUGUGUAUAUUUAUUAUACGCAUUUAUUUGCGUACAUAGUCGAAAUGCAACAUUAAGUGUAUAUAUAUUGAAUUAAUAGUUAAGCACAAAUUAUAUAGAGAAAAGUUCUUUAUUAUUGGGUUAAUAUUACAUCUCGACCAUGGAAUUAUUGUAAAUAGUUAAAUGUAAUGUUUGCCAGAUAUCAUGGCCAGUGAACACUUGGGUAGUUUGGAAAUUUGCUGAGCAUCAAAUAGUUACUCUUGCUUAUAUUUUGUAUUAUAAUUUAUCUAUGAAUAUAUAUGUCUAUAGUCAAUAUUGCAUUAAUUAACAAAAAAAGAAAAAGAAAAGAAAAAAGAAUAAGUUCAAGGUAACUUGUAUCAUUCACGUUCCUUUGUAAUUAAAAAACACUAUUAACAAGUGUAAAAUAUAGGAACGAAUGUAAAACUCUUCAUUUCUUAUAGAUUUUUCAGUUGUGCAGUAAUAUGGUUGCUAUGGCAGCAUGCUUAUAGAGUAAAUUGCUAUUUCUGGAACAAUUGCAUUUUGAAAAAAUUGCUAAAGAUUAUACGCUAUCUUUCAUAUGUUUCUAUUAGUCAAUAUUAUUAUGUCAUGUGAGCAAAAUAUUCGUAUAUAUUGCAAUUUUUUUGUUGUAGGAACUUUAAACUGUAAAAAUGCAAUUCCAUUGCUUCAUUUGCAUAAAUGCAUCUAACUUUGACUAUUAUUUAGGCAAAAUAUGCUAUCGUUGCUCCCAUAGAAACGUUAUUGCUGCUAAAAUUAAUUGCAUAAAUAAUCAAUGUGCUGCUAAAAUUAAUUUAUAAAUAAUCAAAUAGUAUGUUAGCAUGAAAAAAUAGAUUAAAGCAACAGAGCGGUUGAUGGCAGCAUUUUACCAUUUUCGUUGUUUUACAUUUAUCUUUUGUAAAUAAAAUCUACAAAAUUGAUAUUAUCUUAUUAAUAUUCGUACACAUAUAUAUAUAUACUAACGUGAAUCACAAAAGAGUUAAAUUGUGUAAAUAUGAAUAUAAAACGUAUAAUUCUUAUUACAAUUACUAAUAAAAUAUCAACUUAAAAUUAACCUGUUAAUCGGGGAGAUCUCAAAUAAAAUAAGUUGUAAAAAUUGCACAUAUAACGUUGCUCUAAUAGCGCAAUGAGAAAUAAAAAUAAAACUGAUUUAUUUAAUCUUUGAUAUCAUAUAAAAGAAGGUAAAUAUUUUCAUCCGUCCCCGGUUAAUAGGUUAAUAAUUUUCCUUUAUAACAGAUCAGAUGUGUUACUUAAAUUGAUACCAACAACCGCUGCACACACAUCGUUUUUUAAAACGUAAUAUUAGUUGAUAAAUUCGUAAUUGUUAUAUUUGAUUAAAAAAAAAUUAGCUAAACAUAACUGCUGAAUAUC